AAACAUGGCUGAACGCCGGGGUGGCUCUGUGCAGUAAUUCGUGUUGAUGUGUUCUUUUUUAAGCGUCUUUUUCCCGUCCUGUGUGGGUCCGUCCUUGUGAAAAGCUAUGGAUGUGCCACAGGACACAACGAUGGCGGAGGCAAAGCGGCCCGAAGAUGUUAUUAAAAUGCCUUUGAACGACAAUCUGAAAUUCGCUGUGCUUAUUGGAUUUGUUGAAGUCGGAGAAGUCUCCAACAAGGAGGUUGUGAACACAGUUCUUCACCUGCUUGUCGGAGGCGAAUUCGACAUGGAGCUAAAUUUUGUGAUCCAGCAUCCUCAAAACAUCCUUCACAUGUUGGACCUCCUGGACCACUGUCCGGCCAGCCUCCAGGCAGAAGUUUGGAGUGUCUUCAUCGCGAUUCUCAAGAAGAGCAUGCGUAACCUCCAGGCAUGUAGCCAAGUGUCUCUCAUCGAACACGUCCUGGAGAGGUUCUCCCAAGUGGAACAGGUUGUGGCAGACUUGGUUAUUGAGAUGCUAGGAGUGCUGGCCAGUUACAGCAUCACCGUUCGGGAGCUCAAGCUCUUAGUCGGAUGCAUGAAAGCCUCGGGAAACAAAUGGCCCAAGCAUUCGGUGAAGCUCAUGUCCGUCCUGCGGCAGAUGCCCCAUAGGCAGGGCCCCGACUCCUUUUUUAGCUUCCCCGGCAAGAAAGGCGCGGCGGUGGCCCUGCCCCCAUUGGCCCGGUGGCCAUACCAGAAUGGUUGGACCUUCUACACCUGGUUCAGGCUGGACCCCAUCAAUAGUGUCAGCAUUGAGAGGGAGAAGCCGUAUCUCUACUGCUUCCGAACGGCCAAGGGAGUGGGUUACUCCGCACACUUUGUCGGCAACUGCCUUAUCUUCACUUCCAUGAAAGUGAAAGGCAAGGGAUACCAGCACUGCGUCAAGUAUGAGUUUCAGCCGAGGCGGUGGUACAUGGUCGCCAUUGUAUAUAUAUAUAACCGGUGGAGCAAAAGUGAAAUCAAGUGCUUCGUGAAUGGGCAGCUAGCAUCUUCCACGGAGAUGAGUUGGUUUGUGAGCACCAAUGACCCGUUUGACAAGUGCUACAUCGGGGCAGCACCGGAGCUGGAUGACGAACACGUGUUCUGUGGACAGAUGUCUGCUGUCUACUUGUUCUCAGAAGCUCUGACUGCACACCAAGUGUGUGCCAUACACCGUCUCGGCCCCGGCUACCAGAGCCAGUUUAGGUUUGAAGGGGAAAGCAUGUCACUUCCAGAAGGGCUCAAGAGGGUGCUCUACGACGGAAAGCUGUCAAGUGCAAUCGUCUUCAUGUACAACUCGGUGGCAACUGACAGCCAGCUGUGCCUGCAGGCGGCCCCCAAGGGAAAUGUCUCCUACUAUGUCCACACUCCACACGCCCUCAUGUUACAAGACGUGAAGGCUGUCACUACACAUUCCAUCCACAGCACGCUUAAUUCCAUCGGAGGGAUCCAGGUUUUAUUCCCACUGCUCUCCCAGCUGGACCUCCCGACCGGUCUGCUUCCUUUACCAGGAACGUCGAGGGAGAAACCCAGCAUAUGUUCCACCCUGAUUGGAUUCAUCUGCGAGAUGUGUGAAAGCAGCGCCACCGUACAGCAGCACAUGAUUCAGAACAAAGGCUUUCUAGUGAUCAGUUACCAGCUCCAGAGGGCUUCGAGGGAGCAUAUCACGGAAGAUGUGCUUCACUCCUUCCUGUCCCUCACCAAGCACCUGCUCACCGUGUGCAGCAGCAACGGGGAGCUGCUGCUCAAGCACUUGCUCGACCACAUUCUCUUCAAUCCUGUGCUUUGGAUCUAUACUCCCACCACUGUUCAGACCAAGCUGUACACUUACCUGGCCACAGAAUUCCUGGGAGACACGCAGAUCUACAACAAUGUGCGUCGGGUCAGCACCGUCCUGCAGACCAUGCACACGCUUAAGUAUUACUACUGGGUGGUCAACCCGCGCAACAAAAGUGGCAUCACGCCCAAGGGCAUUGAUGGACCCCGUCCAAAUCAGAGUGACAUCCUGUCCAUUCGAGCUUACAUGCUCAUAUUCCUCAAGCAGCUCAUCCUCAAAGGCAACGGAGUGAAGGAGGAUGAACUGCAAAGCAUCCUCAACUACCUCACCACCGUGCAUGAAGACGAGAAUUUGCAUGACGUGCUUCAGAUGUUGAUGACCUUAAUGGCUGAGCACCCGGCAUCUAUGGUUCCCGCUUUUGACUGUAAGAAUGGUGUCAGAACUAUCUUUAAGCUACUCGGUUCCAUGAACGAGAGUGUCCGACUACAGGCUCUCAAGCUCCUCGGCUAUUUCCUCAGCAGGAGCACGCACAAGAGGAAACACGAUGUGAUGACACCCCACAACUUGUACAUGCUGUUGGCAGAGCGCCUGCUCCUGCACUCUGACCACCUCACCAUGGCUACGUACAAUGCACUCUACGAGAUCCUCACGGAACACAUCUCCAAUCAGAUCCUCUAUGGAAAACACGCUGAGCCAGAGUCACACUAUCGAUUGGAAAAUCCGAUGAUUUUGAAGGUUGUUGCUACACUAAUCCGUCAGUCAAAAGGUUGCGAAGAGCUGCUAGAAGUGAAAAAACUCUUCCUGUCAGACAUGACUCUGUUGUGCAACAACAACAAAGAGAACCGCAGGACGGUGCUGCAGAUGUCCGUGUGGCAGGAAUGGCUGAUAGCCAUGGCGUACAUUCAUCCGCGCAGCUCAGAAGAGCAGCGCAUCUCUGACAUGGUGUAUUCCCUGUUCCGUAUGCUUCUGCAUCACGCCAUCAAGUACGAAUACGGUGGGUGGCGUGUUUGGGUUGACACUCUCGCCAUUGUGCAUUCCAAGGUGUCUUUAGAAGAGUACAAGUUGCACUUUGCUCAGAUGUACGAACACUAUGACCAGCGACGUGUGGACCACAUCACAGACCCUGCCGUUCGGCGCCAGCGCCCCAUCAGCACCAUAUCUGGUCUGGACCGCUGCGGGAGCGUCCACGAGACCAGAGCGACCACCGUCGAACAGCGACCCACCGAGGAGCAGCCACCAGACAUUGUCCAGGUGCGAGACCAGGAGGAUCAACGACGAAGCAGCACAGUCACGUUUCCGUCCAUUGUGCCGUCCACGCCCAGCCAACUUCCCGAUCCCGUGCCAUCGGAAGAGGUGGUCCCCAUCACGGAAGAAGUACCAAAAGAAGUGCCAGUGGUUAGUAGUUGUCCAGACGUUAUUCCAGUGCAAGAAGUAGGUAGACCGGAAGAGAAAAAGGACGCAUUAAGCGAGCCCAUCUCCGAGGCACCCGUGGGAGACGUGGGUGUCUCCCCCGACGUCGUCGCUUACGCCGAAGAGGCUGGGGAGAGCAACGGAGCUUCCUCGGAGGAGGACAGUCCGCCCUCCGCGGAGCAGAAGGACUGUGAUUCUAGUCAGAUCGUCGAGCAUGUCCCGGAACAAAGUGUGCAAUGCGUCGAGAGCCGAAGCAUCGCGGACGCCAUCGACGAAGGGUCUGAAUCCGAGCGGGAGAGGUUCGGUACCCCGGUGGGGGAGCAAGAAGCGCAGGAGCCACCUUCCCCGGCGAUCGGCGUUGCGGACCGGAGCCAGUCGUCGCAGGAGAGUGUCGAAAGGACCGCGGAAGGACUUGCGGAAGUACCGCAAGAGGAGCAAAUAAUCAGUGCCAAAUGGGAGGGUGGGGAGACAAACGUCUCAGAGGCAGAUGAAGAAGCGCAGGAAGCUUCUUCGCAGGUGCAAGAAGUCUCUGAAGAGCAACAAGUGCUGGAAGCACCUCCGUCCGAACAGGGUCCUAGUCUAGUAGAGAGGCUCGGCGAAGGCCUCGGUCUUCCCGUCAAACCCGUAGAAGAUGUCAUCCCAGAAGAAAAUGCCAGUGCCGAUGAAAACGAGACACCGGAAGAGGCGUCACUCAACACAGAGCAGAACAACCUCGUAAACUCGGAACAGGAGGAGCAUGUGGAUUCUGUGAUCAGCACGAUUGAGGCGCAGGUCGAGCAGCAGAGGCGACACAUGGCAGAAAUUGCAGAAGGAGCGAGCCAUCCAAAGCCACAGACGACGCAGCACGCGGAAACAGCCUCGAGGCAACUAUUCAAUGCGGGCCCGUCGAGGCCCCCUUUCCGCAUCCCCGAGUUCCGCUGGUCUCCCAUCCACCAGAGGUUACUCUCGGAUCUGCUAUUUUCUCUCGAGACCGACAUCCAGGUCUGGCGUAGCCACAACACAAAGACUGUGAUUGACUUCGUCAACAGUGGAGAAAAUGCCAUCUUCGUUAUAAACACUGUGCACCUCAUCUCUCAACUGGCAGAUAACAUCAUCAUAGCAUGUGGUGGGCUACUACCGCUACUGGCUUCGGCCACGUCUCCCAGCCAUGAACUAGACGUCAUUGAACCGACGCAAGGUAUGUCCAUCGAGGUGGCUGUGGCUUUCCUGCAGCGCCUCGUCUACAUGACGGAUGUACUGGUGUUUGCGUCGUCACUCAGCUUCUCAGACUUGGAGGCGGAGAAGAACAUGUCCAGCGGAGGCAUUUUGAGGCAGUGUCUAAGGCUCGUGUGCACAGCAGCGGUGCGUAACUGCCUCGAGUGUCGGGAGAGGAAUUGUUCCGUGGCUCUCGCAAGUAGCCAGGGUCCCAUCCACGCCCUCAUUGGGGGAGUACAGCCAUCGGCAAAGAAUAUCGUGGAAAACCUGGCAGGACAGAGUAGUCCCAUACGGGACCCAGAGAGACUGCUGCAAGACAUGGAUGUCAACAGAUUGCGAGCUGUCAUCUACAGAGACGUGGAUGAGACCAAACAGGCUCAGUUCCUGGCGUUGGCCGUGGUUUACUUCAUCUCCGUGCUGAUGGUGUCCAAGUACCGGGACAUUCUGGAGCCCCCAUUGUCCAAUGGCCGGCCGAGCUACAGUCCAGAUGUCACAGCAACUACUGCUCAGGUUGACCUGCAAGCGAACGAGAAAGAACGUCCGGCCGUCCUCUGGUCCGACAGCCACGAGAAUGACCGAGACGAAGUAAUCGUGGUCGAGGAGAUGGACUCCAGCAUCCUGGCCAACAUCCAUUCCUCUGCAGCCGUCAUUGCCACUGGCCAACUGCCGCAGGUUCCCGCUGCACCAUUCCCCCAGCACAGUGCAGGGGAACCAGAUAAUCUGACUGAAAGUCAUCUGUCCAACAUGCUGACAGAACCUACGCUGAAUGGGGUGACGGAAACGGGUGGUCCCCUGGGCCCCAAUGCGCGAGAGGCGAGCCUCACGCAGAAGCUGGAAGGGGCCCUGGGCAGCGUCUGUCCCCUGCUACGAGAAAUUAUGGUAGACUUUGCGCCAUUCCUCUCACGCACACUCGUUGGUUCACACGGACAGGACCUACUGGUCGAAGGCAAAGGACUGAGCACCUUCAAGAACAGCACUUCAGUAGUGGAACUGGUAAUGCUGCUUUGUUCCCAGGAGUGGCAGAAUUCCCUGCAGAAGCAUGCAGGCCUGGCCUUCAUUGAACUCAUCAAUGAAGGAAGGUUGCUGUCGCACGCCAUGAAGGACCACAUCGUCCGUGUGGCGAAUGAAGCGGACUUCAUCCUGAAUCGGAUGCGGGCCGAUGACGUGCUCAAGCACGCUGACUUUGAGUCGUUAUGCGCCCAGACAGCCGUGGAACGCAAGGAAGAGGAGAUGAUGUGCGACCACCUGAUCACGGCUGCUCGAAGGCGAGACUCCCUGGUGGCCAACCGUACCUUAGAACGGGUACUCAACAUCCUGACCAAUAAACACGGAGCCUGGGGAGCUCCGAACACGAUCGAGUUUCUUCGACUGGACGCCUGGGAAGACGACGCUCGACGCCGUAAGCGUCUGGUGCGCAACGCCAACGGGUCCUGUCACCCCGAGGGAACCCUGAAGGCAGCUAUCGAGCAUGGGGCCCCCGAGGAUGCCAUUUUGCAGGCACGUGAAGAAUUGCACAAACAACUGGCUAUGACCAGGAGACAGCAUCAGUUACAGAGCUCCGACCUCAUGGACGACAGCGACUUCUGGGAUGACAAAGACUUAGACUCCGAACUUACAGGGUCUGUAAGUCUGAGUACAAGAUGUCGCCUGAUCGCUCCCGGAAUCAGUGCCCCUGGCAUGCUGUCCAUCACCCAGUCGGAGAUGUUCUUCGAGGUCUAUGAGGACGACAUAGAGUACAAGAAGAACGACGCCGAGGCUCUCAAGUAUUGCGACCACGUGCAUGGCAAGUGGCACUUCUCCGAGAUUCGGGCCAUCUUCUCGAGGCGGUUCCUGCUGCAGAACAUCGCCCUCGAGAUAUUCCUCGCAUCCAGGACGUCCAUCAUGUUUGCCUUCGACAGCCAAAAAACGGUGAAGAAAGUGGUGAAGGCUCUGCCCUGCGUCGGUGUGGGCAUCAAGUAUGGCAUUCCACAGACCAGGCGAGCUUCCCUGUUGUCACCGAGGCAGAUCUUUCAGCAGUCCAACAUGACGCAGAAGUGGCAGAGGCGGGAAAUUACCAACUUCGAGUACCUCAUGUUUCUCAACACGAUAGCAGGUCGGACCUACAACGAUCUCAACCAGUACCCGGUGUUCCCCUGGGUACUCACCAAUUACGAGUCCCAAGAGUUGGACCUCAGCCUUCCCAGCAACUACAGGGAUCUUUCAAAGCCCGUCGGAGCCCUGAAUCCCAGUCGGAGAGCUUUCUUCGAGGAGCGCUACGAGACAUGGGAGCAUGACGUCAUCCCACCUUUUCAUUACGGCACUCACUACUCGACGGCAGCCUUUACUCUCAACUGGCUCGUGCGAGUGGAGCCUUUCACGACUCUGUUUCUGGCCCUGCAAGGAGGCAAGUUCGACCACGCCAACCGGAUGUUCUCUUCGGUGGGGCAAGCCUGGAAGAAUUGUCAGAGGGAUACGUCCGAUGUGAAGGAGCUGAUCCCAGAGUUCUUCUACCUGCCGGAGAUGUUCAUGAACAAGAACCGUUAUCAGCUUGGCCGCCAGGAGGACGGAACUCCCGUCGGCGACGUUGUCCUUCCGCCUUGGGCCUCCACGCCCGAAGAGUUUGUCCGAAUCAACAGAAUGGCCCUGGAGUCGGAGUUCGUGUCGUGCCAAUUGCACCAGUGGAUCGACCUCAUCUUCGGCUACAAGCAGCGAGGUAGCGGGAAAAAAGCGAGCCCCGAAGCUGUGCGCAGUACGAACGUCUUCUACUACCUCACCUACGAAGGCAGUGUGGAUCUGGAGAACAUGAAGGAUAGCGUCAUGAAAGAGGCCAUCGAGAAUCAGAUCAAGAACUUUGGCCAGACGCCCUCCCAAUUGCUCAUGGAACCGCAUCCUCCUCGCAGCUCUGCUAUGCACAUUAGUCCAAUGAUGUUUUCUCCGGUAACGGAAGAGCUUUGCAUGAUUAUAAAGUUCCUGUCCAAUUCACCCAUCUGCCACAUCUCGGCCAAUACGUACCCGCAGCUUCCGCUACCUUCAGUCAUCACCGUCACCUGCAACCAGAACUUCGCCGUUAACAGAUGGAACUCGAGCUACUCGGCACCUCUCCAUUCCCCCACAUACUCCGAGACGAACCAGACUCAGUCGGGCCAACUUCCCCUGGCCAUGGACCCACUGCUCAUGAUGAACGUGGCACCGCACAAACGUCACCUUGGUGACACCUUCAGCCAGCACGUGCGCAUGCGCAGUUGCUGCUUCGUCACCACGGUCGACAGCCGUUUCCUGGUCGCCUGUGGCUUCUGGGACAAGAGCUUUCGUGUCUUCUCGACAGAGUCAGCCAAGAUCGUGCAGAUCGUCUACGGCCAUUUCGGCGUUGUCACCUGCCUGGCACGCUCCGAAUGCAACAUCACCUCCGACUGCUACAUUGCUUCAGGCUCUGUGGACUGCACCGUGCUUCUGUGGCAUUGGAAUGCACGGACCCAGGCCAUUGCCGGGGAUAAUGCUAACCCAGACACCCCGACGCCUCGAGCAACGCUUACGGGACACGAGAACCAAGUCAACUGCAUUGUGGUGUCUGCAGAAUUAGGCCUCGUUGUAAGCGGCUCCAAGGGGGGACCCGUGCUGGUGCACACAACGAGCGGCGACCUACUGCGUUCCCUAGAGGCUCCCGGCGAUCUGGGACCUCCAGAGAUGUGCGCCCUCUCGCGAGAGGGCCUCAUCGUCGUGUCCUACGGGGUGGGCAACCUGUGCAAUUUCACCAUGAAUGGACGUCGUCUGCAUCAUCUCUCUCAUCAUGAUAACAUUCAGUGCAUGACGUUGAGUCGGGACGGCGAGUACAUGGUGAGCGGAUCCGAGAGCGGGAUCGUCGAAGUUUGGAGGACCUUCAACCUGGGUCUCUUGUACGCCUUCCCAGCCUGUGAGGGCGGAGUACGCUCCCUAGCGCUCUCGCAUGACCAAAAAUUCCUGCUGGCAGGGCUGACGAACGGCUCUAUAUCCGUUUUCUAUGUGGACUUCAACCGAUGGCAUCAUGAGUUCCAGCAACGCUACUGACACCAUUCCAUCCAUCCUGUGAUACACAGCGAUCUAUACAUACAUACAUACAUAGUAGUUGCUAUUACACUAGAGUUGUUCUCUUUCAAGUAAUCCAUCCCGAGGUCACUCCUGCCAUUUUCUUGUGCCCAUUCGAUGGGCUGCUCAAGGUUCCAUUCCAUUGGUUAUCUCUUCGGUGACGGGCGUAUUACUUUGUAACCCUGCUGCUGUUCUAGUCAGAGCCAUUGUUACUGUUGUUGUGUCCAGUUGUACGGUAGCUUUUCCUUGGAGCCGUCGUCAACAAAAUAAAACGCAUUGCUCUCCGUCA